AUGACAAUCUACACAUUUUUCAUCUUUGAUCGCCAUUGCAAUUGCAUAUAUAACCGAGAAUACACACACUCAGCCACCUCCUCAUCAUCUCACCCCCAACCACCAACAUCCGCAUCCACAACCACCACGGUAUCAACCUCCACCACCGCCACCACCACAACAACAUCAUCAACUUCCACAUCAUCUCCUCAAGGACAAAUCAAUAAAAAUAACGAAUCAAACCAAUCAAAGCUUCUAUUCGGACUCAUUUACUCCCUAAAAACAAUUGCCACAAAAUUAGUAUCAAACAAUAAUGAAUUGAAUUCAUUUGCAUUAGGACAAAAAUUUCGAUUUCAUUUUUGGGAAUCAAUGACGAAAUUUAAAUUUGUGAUUGUGACUGAUUAUGCUAAUGAUGAUGUUGGUGAUUUGUUAUGGAUAUUGUAUUCACGAUAUUUUAUUUCUUGUGUGGUUGAGAAUGGAUUAAUGCCGGUUGAGUUUAGAGCCCAAGAGGGGGAUACGAAAGAGUUUGCCGUGAUUAAUAAUGGGAAGUUUAUUGAGGAGACUGAUCGAUAUUUACAAUCUUUGAGCAUUUUUUAA